GUUUCCCACCUGCAUUUGCCCCAAGGUUUAUUGCACUGUACGCAGCAUCUGGGCCUUCCAUCCUCCCACGCUUCCAAGGUUUUGCCUGUGUGGAAGGACCGAGCCUCCCCAAAACCCUCGCUCAAACCUCGAAUAGUUCUGUCUGCGAGUCCCAAAACUGCCGCGACCGCCCCCCAAGGAUUUUCUUUCUUGUUGCUACUCUUCUCCCCUUUCCACAGCGCCCACCUCCCACCGCCCUCCCGCCCGCCCGCCAGCCCGACUUCUGACCUGGCGCCCCUCCCCACGGUUUAGAUCUGCCUGCUUAUACGCGGUCUCAACGCUAGACAUCGGCUGUUCGACGCCCCGAGUGCCGCAACACCACGCCAGCAAGCCAGCUCCCUCACGGCUACCCUCACCCAGACCACAGCCCCCCAACCCCCCAAGGCCGACCUAGAGAUAGACCAGGUUUUUUUUCACAGGAUCGCCCGAACGGCCUUCCAUUGCUUGCACGACUGCUUCAAUGCAGCAAUCGAGAUACCCAUUAGACCGGCAUUGACUUGUUUUCUUCCCGCGUGUUCCAGUUUUGCGCUGUCGCCGUCGUGAGCAGUCGACCACCGCGCACUGCCUCCUGCUGCCCCCUCGAGGCAACAACAGACGCCAUCGCCGCCCGUACGGCAUACGGAACGGAACGACGAGCCCAGCCGUCUCGGGUCUUUGGUCGCCCAUGAAUCUGGCCCCUCGCCCGGUUGACUGUCACCUCGAGUUCUGAACUGGCCCCAGAUGCCGGCUUCCUUAGGACCUACCCACACUCAUCUAUUCUGGUAGCACUUGUUCUCCCGGGCCUCCUGUUGCGCAUCUUGCGCAGUCGACCCGCCGAGGCGCCGUCCGACAGAACCUGCGGCAGCCAGCCCCUUCUCGACCCGAAGCCAGCCCCGAGGCCCCAAAGCUUCGGCUGUACCUCCACACAUACGAUGCCUAGAAUACAAGAGCAGGGUCUUGAUCCAGGUGGGUGCGGCCCUGUAGUGAUGUGACAUGGCUUGGGACACAGCGUCCUUGUGAGAUGCGGACGCUGACGCCAGUGGCCUUUCUCCCAGGCGCCGACACACAGGGUCACAGCGGGGAAGGUGCAGGCAGAAAUACGGACAAGCUCUCACCGCCCGUGCAGAUGCAAAAGAACAAGAGCCUUUCCAACCUGGCCCUCGCGGUGCCAGACAACUCGGAAAAGGCUCGAGUACGCAUGUCCUUCGAUGCUGGCCCAGCUGCUUCCGAAUAUGACAUCCUCGCAAGAUCACCCAUUAUGACAGACCACGAUCACGGUCUGGGAUUGUCAGGACUCCGCCGGAUACGCCAGUCACAACCUGGUAGGAACGGCACACUCGGGCCAUCCAACCCGGCUUCUAGGAGUCCAUCCUUGAGUCUCUCACGGUCCACCUCGAUGACCAUGUUGCAACCAUUGGCCUCGGGGCCAUCGUCACCCGCCUUCAUCGACGACUUGGAGCGUUUCCCCAGCGAGUCCCUGCACUCGUUUUCCUUCGCACACCAGUCCGAGGAGUUCAUACACAACCGCCAAAAUGUACUGAGACGUUCGAUCGAGUUCAUGAAGGACCGGAUCGGUCGCUCUGCCACCUCCAACCCAGCCCUGGCAAGCGCCCAGGCACGGGUGACCGGGGACAUAGAAACACAAAAUAUGCUGGAACUUUUGGCCAAGGCGCAGCUGAUGGGCCUCAGCGAUCCGUCGCACCCUCUAGGCCCUCUCACGGGGCCUGCUGAUAUGUCGGGCGAGAACAUGUUUGAAAAGACCUUCAUGCCCAGGACCGAAAGCCCCGAGCCAGUUGAGGACCUCUGGAUGUCUCCCGAUGAUCCCAACCCUCUAGGCCUGCAGCACCGUGUCCAGGAGGAUAAGGGGAAAGUCUCGACCAAAGACGUACGUCAGACAUCUCGCGUAGACUCGCUGUCGUCAGCGCCGGAGGAGGGAGAUUCGUCUGAGAACUCGUCACGGACACCGACAAACGAGAGCGGAACCACCCAGAAGACUUCGCCCCCAGAGUCGAGGCGGCCAAGCGUCCUGAAACGGACCUUCACCGACACCGUUCACGCCUCGAUGCAGCAAAAACUCAUGGACGCCAUGGCCCAGCCCUAUGUGGCCGGACAGCCGGGCAACCCUGAAAGCAUCCUCUCCCCCAGAUCGUCUCAGUCUUUCGGACCUUCACUGCACGCACCAACCGCGAGGGGCUCGUCGGUGCAUGGCCACUCCAGCAGGUGGGUACCGGCUGCUCAGGCGAUUUUCACCACCGAGGCCAAGCCCCCAUGGACGAUACUCGCCGCAAACGACCUGGCUUGCCUGGUCUACGGCUUUCGAAAGUCGGAUUUCAAAUCCACCAGCAUACUGGACAUUGUGCAGAAGGAGCGCAGGGGGUGGCUUGAGAACAAACUGAAACAUGGGGAUUACGAGAGCGAGGCUGCAGCAGAGUCAGAAACAGAGGUUGCACCGCCGCCGGCGCAGUCGAGGGUGUCGUCCACCCUGCUGGGAUCGCGGGGCGGCGGUAUCACAGCUAGGUUGCUGAGCAAGCCGAGCUCGAGAGCACAGACCCCGAGAGUGAGUCCUGUGAAAAGGCCAGAGACCUUUCAUAGUGGCGAUUGGCGACCUCCAAAAUUGAGCGGUGGGGGGCACUCGAACCAUAAGAGCAACAAGUCUAGGGGCGUGCUUCUGUGUGGGGAUGUCGUACCUAUCCAGAAACGCAAUGGUGCCACCGGGUCGGCUAGCCUGUGGGUGAAGGAGAAGAGGAUGGGGUUGAUAUGGGUGCUUGAAGAGAUACAUGAAGAUGUCGCCUACCUCACCCUCGACGAGGACGGUGUUGUGACCAAGCUCACAGGAGAGCUGCUCUCCAUCUGGGGCGAUGAGAGCUUGAAACCGGGCCUGGAUGUCGGCAAGCUGGUCCCGCGGAUCCCACGUCAAGGGAUUGACCCAAGAUUUGGUGCAAUCGACUAUGCACAAAUCGCAAAGCGAAAGUACUACACCUGCCGCAACUGUGACAGGAUAAACAUCCCGGCAACAAUCAACCAGGUGCAAGGGAAGACAGAGUUGCGCAUUUCGAGCUUCCCACACAUCGCAGGUAUCAUUGUCGUGGACCCAGCAUCUUUGACGGUCAAGAGCUCCAACACGGUCUUCUGCGGCGCACUUUUCGGCCACGAACAGCCAAAUGGAAUGGACAUUAAGUCUCUCCUGCCAGGCUUUGACAAGGUGCUACGGAUCCUGACCGAGCAAGACGGACUUCUCCUAGUCGACGGAAUUGUUGUUCCUGAGCACAGCUUCCGAAAGGCCUAUGCGUUCCUCGGGCUCCGGGAGGGUCGGCCGGAUGCCACAAGCAGCUUCCUGCGGCCGGAGGGGCUCCCUGCCAAGCAUCGCGAUGGGUCGGAGCUCAAGGUUGAUGUACAGAUGAGGGUUGUCAAGAGCGAAAAGCAAACCAUGCUGCACGAAGGGGCUCUGUCAGAGGCAAGCGACGGGGAGUCAGCCGUCACUGAGGAUGAGUUCCCAGUCACUCAGACAGAGAUGGUCUUCGCUUUAUGGAUCACGUACUCCAGGCACAUUCAUGCCACCAGAUCAAACCUUGGCGCUGCGUCUCCCCUGCUCUCGGGAACGGCGACCCCUCUUCGACAGCCCAGCCCGGGCCAGACCCCUGCGCCGACGCCAGCAGAGCUCCACCUCUCUGACUCUGACGAGCCCAAGAAGGAACCAAGGCCGACGUCAAUGUUCACCAAGUCGAUUAAGGAUGCCGCGCUGAGCGCUGCCGCGAAGAUCACCGGCACGAAAGCAUCUGACAAAGCUCCGGAAGAAGACAAGCAGGAGAAGCCACCCGCUCCCAAGGCGGCCGAGUCAUCGCACAAGAAGUCUAUUGAAGAUUUUGCUAUCCUGGAGGAGAUGGGCCAGGGCGCGUAUGGCCAGGUCAAACUGGCCCGAUACAAGGACAGCGGAAAGAAGGUGGUACUCAAGUACGUCACGAAGAAACGGAUUCUCGUAGACACGUGGACCCGGGACCGGAAGCUGGGCACCGUGCCCCUCGAGAUACACGUCCUGAACUACCUGCGCAGAGAGGGCCUCCGGCAUCCCAACAUUGUUGAGAUGGAGGACUUCUUCGAAGACGAGGUCAAUUAUUACAUUGAAAUGGGACCACACGGGCUCCCUGGCAUGGACCUGUUCGACUACAUCGAGCUUCGUACAAACAUGGAGGAAGAUGAGUGCCGAAGCAUUUUCGUCCAGGUUGCACGGGCUGUCCACCACCUGCACAUCAAGGCAAAGGUUGUCCAUCGUGACAUCAAAGACGAGAACGUGGUGCUGGACGGAGAAGGGCACAUCAAGCUUAUUGACUUUGGGAGCGCGGCGUACAUCAAGAGUGGCCCCUUUGAUGUGUUCGUGGGCACUAUAGACUACGCAGCACCGGAAGUCCUCGCCGGCAAACCUUAUAAAGGCAAAGAGCAGGACGUGUGGGCUCUCGGCAUCUUGCUCUACACCAUCAUCUACAAGGAGAACCCGUUCUACAGCAUCGAUGAGAUCAUGGAUCGCGAUCUGCGUGUGCCGUACACAAUCAGCGAUGAGAGUAUCGACCUCAUCCGCUGCAUGCUAGACCGCGAUGUCGAAAAGAGAUACGAUAUCAACCAGGUUCUGGAGCAUCCAUGGUGUCGAGCAGGGGACGACUAAAGUACGACGACCAAUGCGCACGAGGAAGGGGCUUCGUGCACCCCUCCACGGCCACUUUUCGAGGGUUGAUCUCUACGUACGUUUACUGCAAGGGGCACGCCAAGGGGUAUCUCGGGUGCUAGGCGGGAGCGGCACACGCAGAAGUUGUGCUCAACGAAGGCCACUGUUCGAAUCCAGAUGUCUGUUGCGCAAAGGAAACCCGGCGGUAAACUGGUCAAAACGGGUGUCCGAGCACACAGACAAAGACUGAACAAAGCGCAUGUUCCUUAAUAUGUGUGGUGGAUCCUAUGCGCACCUCGACCAGCGAGUACCAGGACGAGAAUGUCGUUUUCAGAGCGACAAUGAUCCCUUACGAAGGGGCACGAUCGACGGAGAGGAGGAUCGGAUUGAUACCUUGCGGAAGGGCACAGGCGCAAAUGAGUUCAAUGCGGUGGAAGGGAUCAAAUGACCGCGUGGACAGCCUGAUCUGUGACGGGAACGACUCAAAAGACAAAUAUAUAUACACAUCUCCCUAUAUAUCCAACAGACACAGCCAUGAGCAGUGGAUUCUACCGCGGGAAGCAAGCGGCACAGUCGAGCCCAACAUGUGCUUGGGGUUUCCCUGAUGUCCAAAUCGUGACAUGUUCGACAAACAACGGGGCUUGAAGAGCAAAGAGGAAGCAGGGCACGGUGCUUGGGUCCUGUUAUCAACCUUUGUAUUCACCCGCUUGGAAUCCCUGGGCUCUCAGCACUUCGGCGCCUUGGAUGCAGGCAGUUUGAAGCCGCGUCUCGCUUGGGCAUUUCUGUAAGGCAGGUUUGAUUUAUAUGCGCGUGCGGCCUGUAUAUUGCGGUGUUUCACUUUCUCCUUCCUAGAGUCGCCUGACCCGAUUACGUAUAUGUGGUGGAACCGUUUAUCUCUCGAGUCCUCAUCGACACAGUUGGUCGUUUUCGUCAGACACCGGGUUUAGGCAGGGUCAUCAACACCUUGCUACGCAUUCCCCUACGGACCUUCGCAUGGGCACAUGCUCAACUUGCUCAACUUGCUCCAGAGGUUCUGUCUACGCGCGUGAGAAAAGUCCCACGAAGCAAGAUCUCCACCGAGCGGCGGCAUGCAGCGACACUGGGCGACCAGCAUUUACAAAGUACUGCGCAUCCAGGCCGCAAGACCUCAAUAGAUACUGCGUCGGUGUUUCAGGGGCCUUGAGAAAAUGUGCAAAAAAGCAACUGCCUCCAGAGGAGGCUCUGGAGGCUGUUGUGGUGAUACUCUGCGCCAGCCCGGAGUCGAACCGGGGGCCCAUCGAUGGCAACGAUGGAUUUUACCGCUAAACCACUGGCGCUGUUGGGUUUGGUUAUUUGAUGAAGAUUCUCGCGACGAUGGGGUAUUAUAUGGGGCGUUUUGUGUGUGUGUGUUGUAUAUGUGUGGGUACCGUGAUCAAUCUCGGUGGAGUCAGUGCGAGUGCCGUCUCUCAAGUUCUGGACACGGAGGCACACAGUAGGCAGCUUCGUGCUGGAUCUGAGAAGACAAUGUUGAGCCAAUGUCCGUCGUUGCGGCCAGACCGAGGACCGGACAUGGUCAAGCUUCGGCCACCGAUUGAUGGUGUCGUCGGGAUGGUUUGCUUUUUUGGACGCCUGGUGUGUUGGCAUUCGUCUUCGGCCUGGCCUGGCCCGAUGGUCGGGUCGCCUGCGAGGCAUCGCGAAGCGUGUACGGCCCGAGCAUGGUGCCGGAGUCCCUCUACCGGCAGGAUUGAUGCCUGACGGAUGCGAUGUAACAUGCACAUAUGCUGGGCCGGGAAAGGAGCAGCAGCCCGCGUCGGCGUUGCCCCCUUGGCCCUUGAGAUGCCCCCCCCCGGCGCCGCGGUACCGUUGGGCGUAGCGAGAAUGGCUGUCUGUGGAUCUCAUGCUUGUUUGAUGGCGUACGGCCACGAGCUGCAGCAACAGGGCGGUGUAUUCAGCUGGUCUGGCAGUCUGGUCGCCUCCGUCUCCAGUCCCGGCGUCGGUGAGGCGGCGAACCCUUGUUGACAAUCUUGGCCGGGCGUGGGCGUCGUGCCCGUGACCCGUGACCCGUGACCCGUGGGCAUUGCAGCCGGUCAAGAAGCCCUCGAGCGAACCAGGGAGCCCGAGGGGGCUGUCUCGGUGCCCUUGAUGCUUCGGGAAAAGCAUAUCAACGGGCUGGAGCAGGCCCAAUCUGUGUGCCUGCAUCUGCGGGGGUGGGGGCCAGAGAGGUCAGAGAGGUCAGAGAGGACAGAGAGGGCAGAGAGGGCAGAGAGGGCAGAGAGGG